CUUUCGCCUCUUUAACUCCCACUUCCCUCUUCCCUCUUCCUUCUCCUCCGGCUCCGCACCUCAGCUGCCCCAACGGCCGUAACCGCCACCGCGGCGCGCACCCCGUUCCCCGCGCGCGGUCGGCCGGUAACGUCUCGGGAUUGAUUCGUAGCACCUUGCGAGGAAGUGAACGUUUCGCACGGAAGGGGCGGAGCCUCCGCCCGCGGGCAGCGGCUCCUCGGCGGCGGCUAAUAACAACAUUGGGAGAUUAGCCGCAACUUCGCUGCGCUUCUCUCACCGACCCGAUAAUUCAUCGUCCUUUCCUCCUACCUCUAUAUUAUCACCUUUUUCAGAGCGAUAACCUCUUUUUGUAAACUAAAGAAUGGGCUGGAGGGGGAGGGGAUCCGUGGCGUUUCUCUUUUCCUUCCCCCUUUCCCUUUCUCCCCCCUUCCGCGUUUUUUAAAUCCCUUAGCCAGAGGCAGCGUGCAAAUUAAAAGCAACCUUUAGGAAGAAAUCCGGCCUUCCGUAAAUCUGCUUCACUGGCAGGCAGAGCACGACCCCGGUCGCCGUCCUUGAGGCACGGCGGCGGUGCGGGCAGGGGCAGGCAGUGCUCGUGUGUGUCUGUCUAUAGUGUGUGUGUGUGGCCAGGCGGGUCGGGUACGGCAGAGCCGGGCGCAGCCGCUGGCAGCGGGCUGGCGGGACGGACGGCUGCGGGAGCGGGCCAGCGUUGCUCCUCGGUAGCGCUAGCGACGGCAGAAGACGACCGGCUGCCGGGGACCAUCUUGCGGCUGCUCCUCGGGCGGCGUUUCCGCGUGGUGGAGGGGCCGGCUGGGUGGGAAGGACGGAGGCAGGCUGGAGCUUGCUGCACAGGGCUUUAUUUACAUACAUUAAUAGCUGCCUGAAGAUAGUUUCUCUUGCCGGCCCAGUGGUGGCGGGUCCUGCGAGCCGCUUGGAGAAUCCCGAGCUAGAGCUCUCCCGAGCAAGGGGGGAAGAGGAGAGCCGAGGCAGGGCAUGAGUUUUAGCGCACAAAGCGGCGCCUGGCUGAGCUCCCGGGUACCGCGGUGCUGGUGGUGGCGGCGGCGGUGGCAGCAACCGUCCUGCGCCGCUGAGGGUCCCGCCUGGUCCUACUUCGGUGGCAGCCGGCCGAGGACCAUCCUGGACAUGUCCUACUCCCGUCACUUUCUGGAUUUCCAGGGCUCGUCCAUCCCCAGCUCCAUGAAGAAGCUGGUGGUGACUAAGCUGAGCCAGAACUUCAGGGAAGCGGUUACCCUGCAGCAGGACUCGCCCGUGCCACUCCCGGGAGACGGAGAUCUCCUUGUCAGGAACAGAUUUGUCGGCAUUAAUGCAUCUGACAUAAACUACUCAGCUGGCCGAUAUGACCCAUCAGUUAAACCUCCAUUCGAUAUAGGGUUUGAAGGUGUCGGUGAGGUGGUAGCGUUAGGACUCAGUGCUAGUGCCAGUUAUACAGUGGGUCAAGCUGUGGCCUAUGUGAAAGCAGGUUCCUUUGCUGAAUACACAGUUGUGCCUGCCAAACAAGCAGUUCCUCUACCCUCUGUGAAACCCGAGUUUCUUACUCUAAUGGUAAGUGGCGCUACCGCAUACAUCAGUUUGAAGGAGCUGGGAAACCUGUCUGAAGGCAAGAAGGUUCUGGUGACAGCAGCGGCUGGAGGAACGGGCCAGUUUGCUGUGCAGCUUGCAAAGGCGGCAAAAUGCCAUGUAAUUGGAACCUGCUCCAGUGAUGAAAAGGGUGGUUUUCUGAAAUCCAUUGGCUGUGACUGUACAAUCAACUAUAAAACUGAAAAUGUUGAAUCUGUUCUUAGGAAGCAGUACCCUGAAGGUGUGGAUGUAGUGUAUGAAUCUGUUGGGGGAAAGAUGUUUGACUUGGCUCUUAACUCCUUGGCUACCAAAGGGUGCCUGAUAGUUAUUGGGUUUAUCGCUGGCUACCAAAACCCUACUGGCCUCCAGCCUGUUAAAGCAGAGUUAUUGCCAGCAAAACUGUUGAAGAAAUCUGCCAGCAUCCGGGGUUUCUUCUUGAACCAUUACCUUUCCGAAUACAAAGUGGCUCUGAAGGACUUGCUUGAGAUGUAUGAAAGAGGAGACCUGGUUUGUGAGGUGGACUUUGGAGACAUGUCUCCGGAGGGCAAGUUCACUGGCUUGGAGUCUGUAUUCCGUGCUGUAGAUUACAUGUACAUGGGGAAAAACAUUGGAAAAAUUGUAGUUGAAUUACCUCACUCUGUCAACAGUAAGCUGUAAAAACAGAACAAUGAUAUAAAUCAGCAGAGAGAAAAUGGGCACUUUAUGCCUCAGAAUUACUAGAAACAAUUUAUUUUUUUUAAACUUAGUAAUGGAUACUAUAUUAAAAAACAGCAUUAAGGUGUUAAUAAAAGUUUUGUAUUUUCUUUUUUCUCAUGAAUACUUAAGUCAGUGGCUGUAGCAUGGACUUAAUGGGCCUGUGUUUGAUUCUGUCACUUAGGCUAGUGUGAGACAAGAAUAUUGUUCUUGACAGAAUAAGUCUUAAUGCAGAGGCAGAUUUAGUCUGUCAGACUGGCUUGAUAGAACUUUAUAUAUAGUUCAGCUCAGAAAAAAGAAAAAAUAAUCUUUUAACAAUUUUGAUUCCGUGAUUGAAAAUAAAACAGGACUAAGUAACCAGUUCUAUCAUAUGGUGGCUCUAUUAAUCUCCUGAAGUUUCUGGAAAAAAUUAUUAUCUUGAUUGUUUGUACAAACAUGAUAAUCAUAGUUCAGUUACACCAUGGAUCAUAGUAAUAUUCCUUGACUGGUUACACAGAGAAAUUUCUGACAUGUCAGUAAUAUUAAGCAACUUAACUUUUUUUUUUUUAACAAUGUCUUUCAUAACUGUAAGUGACUGUGCAAUUUUCUUUUAAAUCUUUAACUACAAGUUGCAACAUAAUCUCAUUUUCUUGCCUUUUCAUUUGCUACUGUUACUGUUUAAUGUUUCCCCCCUCUUCCUUUAGUCAGUAUUGCAAGAUUACUAAAGUGGGGUUUUGAGCCAUGUUCGCGUGUGUUCAGGUCCUGUACAUUUUUUUUUAAGAUUUAAUAAAGUUUAAAAAACUA